GGCCAACAAAGAACGAAAUAGUAAAUGUAAAUGUAUUGUUUCUAGUAUAAACAAUAAGUUAUAAACAAUAUUAUUAACAAUAACUACGUUAAAAAAAAUAACUUUACUAAGCCAUGGCAGAAAUUCGGAUUGGCGUCCAACAGAAAAUUCCUAAAAGCACCGACCAGACAGCAAAUAAAGAUGCGGAUAGGUCGAGCGAAUGGAAAAAAGACGGAAGUCUGGAAAAUAGCGGAAAAGACAGCGAAAAUAACCAGAGGAAAGAAAGUAAUUGUCUGGUUCGACAGAAUUUUCCCAAAGAGUGCGAAGACGCCAUCAAUCGACAAAUCAACGAGGAACUGUUCGCUAGAUACACAUACUCGUCCAUGGCUUAUUACUUCCAGAGAGACGACGUAGCGCUGGCCGGUUGUUUCAAAUUUUUCAAACAGUGCAGCGACGAAGAGCAGGAACACGCCGAAAAAUUCAUGAAAUACUUAAACGACCGAGGGGGUCGUAUCGAGCUUCGAGACGUGAAAAAGCCGGAAAAGAACGAAUGGGGAUCCAUGGUAGAGGCCAUGUCGGAAGCGCUAAAGUUAGAAAAACGAGUUAAUCGGUCGCUUCUCGACAUACAUAAAGUGGCCAGCCAGUGCGGAGACGCGCAGACCUGCAACUUUCUGGAAUCCGAAUUUCUGCCGCAACAAGUGGAAGACAUCAAAAAGUUGGCGGAUUAUAUUAGCAGUCUUAACCGAGUGGGAAAGGGGCUGGGAGAAUAUAUUUUUGACAAGGAAACACUCGGGGGCAAAUAAAUUAAAUCGAAUAAAGCAUUAUAUGGAAAUAUUUUCAAAAUUUCAAAUAAAUAUCAGUUCAAA